UUAAAUCCUCUACUUCCUCUCCACUUCCUUUAUAAAUCCUUUACCCACAUUUCCUUUUACCACAGUCUCUUCAUAGUAUCUUCUCAUUUGAUUCAAUCCGAGUUCUGGGUUUAGUUUCUUUAACUUCAAAAUCCAUUACCCAUAUUGGGUUUCUUAGGGUUUUUUGUUUUGUUGUUAUAAAACAAAUCAAAGAUCUUGAUGCUCAACCUUUUUGUGUUAAUGUUUGAGAUUCAUGUUUCCAAUUCUCAGUGAAAUCUUCUUUUCUGGGUUUAUGAUAAAUUCCACAUUCAUACGCAGGACCCAUCUUGUUCAAUCUUUCUCUGUUGUUUUCCUCUACUGGUUAUAUUACGUUUCAUAAAGAAAGAAUCAUCUUUUUUAACUUAUUUAUCUUUACUACUAAGUUUUUUUUUUUUUUAUUUGGGUCCUGCUAUUAUAUAUCAUAAAUAAUAACUCCUACAAUGGCUACAUCCUCGGGUUCAUCAGCAACACAAAUCAACUCGGGCUCAGAAGAAGCAUUAAUGGACGAAAGGAAAAGGAAACGAAUGAUAUCGAACAGGGAAUCAGCAAGGAGAUCAAGGAUGAGGAAACAAAAGCAUUUAGAUGAUCUAAUGACUCAGUUGACUCAGUUGCAGAAACAAAACCAUGAGAUCAUCACAAACAUAAACUUCACCACACAACACCUCUUGAAUGUUGAGUCAGAGAACUCGGUGCUUAGAGCUCAACUCAAUGAACUCACUCAUAGGUUACAGUCCUUGAAUGAAAUCAUCAGCUUCUUGAAUGAUGAUCAUGGCGAUGACGACGACGACGAUGAUAAAACAAGCAUUGACUUCACUCAGCCUGCUGUAGCUGAUAACAUCUUCCUGAAUCCUUUCCAUCUGGCUUACUUGAAUCAACCUAUCAUGGCCUCUGCUGAUAACACGUUUCAGUAUUAAUUUUCUAUAAUGCCACAAUUUUAAUGGGAUUUUUAAUCUCAGUUUAUAUAUAUAUAUAUAUAGUUGUAUAAGCAGUAGUAUGAAAUAAAAUAUGUGAAAAUCAUAAAGCUAUGGUAUGGUUAAUGGUAGAUUUUUUUCA